CUCGGGUCUUGCUGGGCCGCUCCAGCGCUCUGCCCGCAUUGAUCGAUUUGCGCGGUCUGGCGCGCAAAUCACGGUCGCGACACUCCGCCACAGCGCAUACGCGCCCUACACGGCAGCGCAGAUGGCAUACGAAGGCUAUUGGGAUGAGAUAGGAAACAUCGAGUCUGAGAAUAUACCCGAAUCGGUCGUGCUCGCCACGUGGGAGACCGGCGACGUCGACGUGGUACGGGCGUGGCUCGACAACGGCGGCGCGGCGCAGCUCGAGGACCGCAUCUUCAUUACUGCUAAACACGGAGAUCGGAAUAUAGCCUUUGGGACGCUUCUCACGAUCGCGUGUGAAUCCGAUCACCCUUCGCCGAUCGCCGAGAUGCUGCUUGACGCGGGCGCCGACUACGACAUCCACCACCUUUCUCAUGCUAUUAACAGCGGCAACAUAUAUGCCAUCCGGGCACUCGUGCCGCGCGUGGACGUGGUUCAACACUACGGCUUUGGAGACACGUGGACUCCGCUUCACAAUGCUUGCACUGGUUAUUACAUGGAAGAUCACAGCCAGAUCGCUCUGCCCAAUCAAGUGGAAAUUGUCCACACUCUACUCGAAGCUGGUGCGCUGGUCAACGGCCGAACGAGGCGCCAUCCGAUCCUGCGGGACCGCCCGAUCGGCCAAACCCCGCUGAUGUUGGCCGCCAAGCAAGGGUUUACCAGACUUGGCGUCGUCAAGUGGCUGUUGCAUUACGGCGCGGACAUUUCAGCAGUAGAUUCACUUGGGCGCACGGCACUCUUCCAAGCAAAUGAAUUGUUGCAACACUCGCAAAUCUGGACUGACCCGAAUAGACGAGCCGUUGCUUGGGAAGACUCGCAGGAGGGGCGUCAAUACAUACCAUGCCGCGCGCCUGGGGUAGUCGAGGACAUGAUCGCGCUCCUCCAGGGCGUCGAGGCCGCCGGAUCGUGGAAACGCUACCUCCGCGAGCCGCGGCGAGAUUUGCUCACGUUUCGUAGGCUCGUCGAGCGCGGCCGCGCGGCGCCGCCGGACGGGGUCCUCGCGCGGCUCUUCCCGAAAUCUGGCGGACUCCCCGACGUCCUCUUCUGGAAGGUCCUCGCCUUCUGGCGCUCGUCCCGCGACGCCUGAACGCGGACAUAAUGUAUGUUAAGAAAACUAGAC